GUAUCCAGCCUGCAUGGACAGGGCAACAUUCGCCUGUUCCACUGCCUUUUUUCGUGACUACAGCAGUUCAUCUCAGGGUGCAUUCUGUCUCCCCGGAGGACACGUUGACUUUAUUGAAAAAGUAGAAUCAUUCACGUACUCGGACUUCUUCCGGGAUUAUUUGAUUCCGAACCAUCCCUGUAUUUUCUCAGCUAAAUUCACUGAAGACUGGGGCAGCAGGAGAAAUUGGGUUACUUGGGAUGGAAAGCCUAACUUUGAUCAUCUGCUGCAGAAGUUUGGAGAGGCUGUAGUGCCUGUUGCCAACUGUGAUGUCAAGGAGUACAAUUCUAACCCGAAGGAGCAGCUCCCCUUCAAGGAGUAUAUAAAGUACUGGAAAGAGUACAUUAAAAAUGACUACCGUUCAUCCCGAGGGUGCCUUUAUCUAAAGGACUGGCACCUGAGCAGAGCUUUCCCCGAGCAAGAUGUUUAUACAACCCCUGUGUAUUUCUCAUCCGACUGGCUGAAUGAAUACUGGGAUGCUGUAGCUGUGGAUGAUUACCGGUUUGUCUACAUGGGACCUAAAGGUUCAUGGACUCCCUUCCACGCUGAUGUCUUCCGUUCCUAUAGCUGGUCAGCCAAUAUAUGCGGGAGAAAGAAAUGGCUGUUGUACCCCGCGGGACAGGAGGAGUACCUGAAAGACCACCAUGGGAACUUGCCCUUCGACGUGACUGCACCUAGUCUUCAGGACAGGAGUGUUUACCCUCGCUACAACCAAAGUCAACCCCCUGUUGAAAUUGUGCAGGAAGCAGGGGAGAUAGUCUUCAUCCCCAGCGGAUGGCAUCAUCAAGUUUACAAUCUGGAGGAUACCAUUUCCAUUAACCACAACUGGGUGAACGGCUGCAAUGUGGCUAUAAUGUGGUGCUUCCUGCAGGAUGAAUUAGCAGCUGUCCAGCGGGAAAUCGAUGAAUGGAAGGACCCCAUGGAUGAUUGGCACCUACAGUGCCAGUUGAUCAUGAAGUCUUGCACGGGUAUAGACUACAAGGAGUUCUACAACUUCCUCAAAGUUAUUGCAGAGAACAGGAUUUCUGUCUUGGAAAACGGCCUCGAUGACGAAGCUUCGGCAAAGAACACUCCAAAAGCUGCCAUUUCCACCUUGGGCAUGCUCCAUGCAGUGUUUGAUUUAAAGAGGACUGUGAAGGUGUUAACAUCAUUGAGUGCUAAUGAAGAUUUCAAGAAACUAGACCUGACGUCACUUUCUCCACCCCCGGAGGCAUUGCUCCACCACUUGAAAGCAGCAAUAGAUACAGCACUACUCUAACUUCCUAUUUAUUCAGUUCUUUGUAAAAUGAACCUUUUGCAAAAUGAGUGUUUGUAGAAAACUGGCUCCUCCCUGUUUAAUAGCUGUUACAGUU